CUGAACUCACAGAUUUUCAAACCAUCUAGUGUGACUAAGUGUUAAUCACUCAGGGGUGUGGAAGGUUCUGUGGAAGUUGCUGUUUCUUUCCAGAAACUUCCAUUUCCACAAGGCUUAAAAGGGCUGGCAAUUACAUAUCCCCCUUUUGUAGUUGUUUUGUUUUUAGGUUGAUUUCCGCAGGACAGUGAGACAUCCCCUGUCAUCCCACCUUGGCAGAAGGGUAAAGUGUGUGAAGUUGCUGUAAUUAAUAAGCAUUUUGCAGUGUCAAAAUCUAAAACAUGUCUUAGCUCUGUUUAUUUCUUUUAUGGUAUACCAAAUUUCCUGUCACAAUCCCUCUCCAAAUUUGUUUCUCCCAAAAGCAGGUUUUAUGUGCCCAAAGGGCGGAUAUAUUCAGGAUUGAUUAAUCUGUCUACAAAUCACUGCCGAGCUGGGCAGAGCCUCCAAGUCAGCUGGUUUGAAAACCCGCCCACCACAAACCUCUUCAUCCAUUUGAGAUUUGCUUUACAAGGAAGAAGAUAUGAGCUAUAAAGCCUUCAAGAGAAAGUUAACUGCAGAGUCCUCCUUGCCAGUUGGCGUGGGAGAAAACCGUGAAAAGCUCCAAGGAAAAUUUCACAGAAUCAUCGAGUCUGUGUUUCCUGUUAAGCGUCUCUGCUGCUGGGCAGGGAUCAUCAUCUUUAUGGUUGUUGUAGCUGCAGUUGUGUUUCCCUUAGUUUUGUCACCGUCAGGAGGAGGAAAGAAUGAAAAUAACCAUACUGCUUGCUCAAUUGACUGGAUUGGAAAUGGGAGUAAAUAUUUCUAUUUUUCUGAAAACCUAACAGACUGGAUAUCCAGCCAGAAAUUCUGUGUGGAACACAAUGCUCAACUAGCUCAAUUUGAGAGCCAGGAGGAUCUGGAUUUCCUAAAUGGACACAAGAAUGAUUCUGCCUACUGGAUUGGCCUGCACAGAGAGUCAACACAACACCCAUGGACGUGGACAGACAACACUAAAUAUAACGACUUGGUUCCCAUCCGAGGAGAAGGACAAUAUGCCUACCUGAGUGACAGAGGGAUCAGCAGUGGCAAGGAGUACAUGCCCAGGAAGUGGAUUUGUAGCAAGCCCAAGAGCUAAACUUUAUAGUGCCCAGAAGUUUCAUAGCUUGUGUCAAAGAUAUCAUGAGAGACCUGUAACAUGUUAUCUAUAGUCACUGACUCAUUUGUUUAUCUUCUAAAAUUAUCAAAGUCAAUUCAUAAUCCGUGGUGAUAUCCAAGAUGAAAACCAUCAUAGACAUCUAUACUUAAGAGUGUUUGGGUAUCUUUGAGAGAUUCUAAAUUAAUUUCAGUGCUUUGGUAUGAGUUGGUACUCAUAUCUUAAAUGUGAAUAGCAAUCCUGUCAGCAUUAGUGACCUUCUCUUUUAUGACCAGAUAUGAUUUUUUCCAUUAGUUUUUCCUUUGAAUCACUGAGACCUUAAAAAAAUGAGGGGAGGACAAUAUUGAGCCAAGAUGGCUGCAGCAUACAUGGCUGCUAUAGAGGGCUAGAGGGGAGGCAUCCUCCUGCACCCUUCCCCCACAGCUCUGGGUAUCCUGCACCAGGCCACGUCACUGGUCUGCAACCACCAAGGAGGAGCCUCACACUCCAAUGCCACAGCCUCAGCAACCCAAGCCAAAGCAAGAGUGAUGUCCUUCUGUUAGAAAGUCAGGGAAAAGUGUCAGAGAGAAUGGUUGUAUCUUCAGUAAAUGUGCUCUCACAUGUCUGGAA